UAAAAGCGGCUUUGCGCGCGUUGCCUAAUCAGUUUGUCAGCAAAUGUGAACGAGAGCAUAUUUCUUGUGAAUACAUUAAGGAGUUCAUAUAAUAUCUGAAAACUAAAAUAUGUUAAAGUGGACGGCAUCAGCACAGAAGCUGAAUCAGCUCACACCUAACAUCAGAACGGCUCCUACAUCGAUAGGAACUCCACAUCCUUUAACUGAAGCCAAGCGUCGUCGCCGACGUGCAACUAUUAGCAACAAGGAGAACAUACCCUACACUUCAACACCAAUGGUGGGGAGAGAGCGCAAUAGCCCACUGGUGCUUUCACCAUUAACGAACAUUUUGAAUGUUACACCAAAAGACAUGUCGCCUAUAAUGGAGCGUACACCAGGACGAAUUCGAAUAACAAGUACAACUGUAACUAGUCGACCGCUGCCAAAUCGACGACACUCAACAGUGGGUCUUUUUCUACAUCCGGCACCAACUUAUGCAUCCACCUUGCCACGCUUCGAGGAGGAAUAUUCGCCAAGCACAGCGCUGCCGACCGGACAACAAGUAGCUCUAAGGGGGCUACUGCCAGAUCCCUUUAUAAGCAAUUUACGUUACUUUAACACACCCGAGUUGGCAAAACGGAAACAAAUGGAGGACCAAGAGAAACUAAAGGCCGCCAGAAAAUCAUUGCCUAGAAAGCUGGAAGCUGAUUUUGCUGAGAUCGCGAGAGAAUGUGGCGACGAAAAGUUAAAGAAGCGCAUAAACAACGAGUCCCACUCGGCCGGCAUGAGCGACCAAACUCUGGACAAACUCAUCGAUGCUAUUCUAGACUCCGCACGUAAGGAAGAGAAGAAGAAGGUGAAACCUCGCAAGUCUUUCAACCUACGUCGUCGUACGCUACUCAAAAAUCAAGCCGAGCAAAAAGUCAGUGAAUUAGUUCUUUCACCGUCCUAUGCUGCAUGCGAAGAUCCAGCGAGUGAUCUCAGCUUUAUCUUGGUUGACCAGAGACCAAAGGGUGUGUUGAAGACACAGAACGCCUCCAAAUCACCACUUACACCAGCACCAGCUACACCACCGCCAGGCACGCCCAUAGCCACUGAUAUUCUCCAACGAAUGCCCACGCCCGCAUCUAUCUCGACAACUGAUGCCAACACCGCAAACCAACAUCAUUACUUGCGCUCGAACUUAAGUAGAGAACGAUUGGACAACACCUUCCAGCUGGAAACACCCUUGCGACUGCCGAUGCAAAGAAAGCGACAACGACGUAAAACUUUAGCGGUGCCAAUCAGUGGUAGUGCGAAACGUUUGAAAACCGGAGCAACCAACUACUUUGAGGUUGGAUUGGCGAUGCCUUCAAUCUAUGUAUAAUGUUGUUGCAGCUGUUUUUGUUGUACGAAUUUAUUUCUAUUUAUGUUGGAACUAUUUAAAUAGUUUUUUUGUUAAUUUGUUGACAAACUAGGGGAAAUGCUCACCUAUU